AUGUCGACUUUAUUUUUGGUUCUAUUUCUCAUUUGCAUUGGUCUUCUGGGUUAUUACUUUUUUCUACUACAGCAACUUCAUCGAUACUUCAGUCGACGUGGUAUUCCUACUCCACCUUUCCAUUUCUUCUUUGGACAUCUAAAAACUUUGUGGAAUACUCCGGCUUUUCAUCGUCAACUGGAAAGUUGGACAAAGCAAUAUGGCCAAAUAUAUGGAAUUUACCAAGGAACUACUCCUACUUUUGUUGUUAGCGAUCCUGAUUUUCUUCAGGAAGUUUUUGUCAAACAAUUUGCCGCUUUUCAAGGGCGAAGAGAAGUUCUCAGAGGUAUUGGUGUUCAUAACGUAUUUUCAUCAUCGGGUGCACCAUGGCGCCGGCACCGUCAGGUCAUAAAUCCAACGUUCUCUACCGCGAAAUUAAAAAUGAUGAGUCCUCUUAUCAAUGAGUGCAUUGAUGAUCUAAUGGAAAAAUUAGACACUCAUGUAAAAAACGCCAAUGAAUUCAAUAUCUACUUAUAUUAUAAGCGACUGACAAUGGAUGUGAUAUGUCGAUGUGCAUUUGGAAUUGACACAGAUGUACAAAACAAUCCAGACAAUAUAUAUUUCAAGAAAGUGGAAGAACUCUUUGCCCACAAUAUUAAUUCACGUUGGGUCUUCCGACUUGGCGAAUUUACGCCUCGCGUAGCGAAUAUUCUUAAUAAAGUCGUUUUUGGUGCAAACAUCGCACGAGUAUUAAUCAAUAAAUAUCUUAUACCACUAAUCUCAAUAAAACAACUAUAUGAACCACCAAAUAUUUGGCUCUUCAGCCGACUACAUCCAAUUAUCGAGCAGCGACAGCAGACACCUACUUCACGAAUCGACCUUUUGCAACUGAUGUUACAAGUGAUGACUGACGAAAAAAUUAACGACGAGGUGCAAAACGAUGACAAGGCAAACUAUCGGCUAACUCGAAAAGAAACAAUCGUUAAUAUCCUUGUUUUUAUGGCAGCAGGAUAUGAAACAACAUCAACUGCUCUGGCUUAUGCAGCAUAUGAGCUUGCUAGACAUCCAGAAGUUGUCAAUAAACUGCAAGAUGAAAUAAACCAACUUCCCUUCAACGAUGAUGAUGAAUUUGAUAAGGAAAGAAAAAAAUAUUCCGACUAUGAUUUAGUCAUGCAGAUGCCUUAUAUGGAUAUGUUCAUUUCUGAAGUCUUGAGAAUGUAUCCUAUUGGAAAUAUGUUCAUUCAAAGAUGUGCCUCCAAAGAUACAGUUGUACAAGGAAUUACCAUUGAAAAGGGCAACUUAGUGCAUGCUGAUGUCUAUUCAAUUCAUUAUGAUCGUAAACUUUGGGGUCCUGAAGAUCCAUACGUUUUCGUUCCUGAACGUCAUAAAAUAAAGCGUCAUCCAAUGGCCUAUUUGCCAUUUGGAGCAGGUCCACGACACUGUAUUGGUAUGCGCUUUGCACUGAUGGAGAUAAAACUUCUACUCGUACAGCUACUUCGAAAGUAUACGAUUCUGCCUGGUGAAAACCUCGAAGGCAAAUUUAACAUCAGUGAACGAACGGCUAUCACACCCGAAGAAGUGUGGGUCAAACUGGUAGAAACAAGUGAUUGA